GUGUCAUGGAGAAAAUAAACAAAAGAAUAGCAAGUUGAUCUCUGGUUGCAAUCAAUGAAUUGUUUUAGAGCCAAAAAGAAAUGUAUUAUGAGUUAGUGUUUGUGUUAAUUAUAUCAAUCGUUGGCGAUUCGUUCGCAUCACAACAACAAAAAGACAGAGAAUUAAACACACCGCCACGGGAUUCGGAUUGGAAUCCACUUUCGCCACUUGUGAAAUGUUCAUUUGUUCCAAUAGAGUUUCUGGAGUGCAAAGAACCAGUCGAUCACAAGGGCAACAAAACGGCACGCGAUGAAUUAGGUCAUGGUUGCUUGAAAUUUGGCGGCGCUAAUUAUCAUGAUGUUGAGAAAACCAAAGUCCCAUGCACUGUACUGCCCGACAUCGAAUGCUAUGGCCCAAAAACGUUCUUCCGUGACGGUGUACCUUGUAUUAAGUACACCGAACACUACUUUGUAACCACACUGCUGUACAGCAUUCUACUGGGAUUUCUGGGCAUGGAUCGAUUUUGUCUGGGACAAACGGGCACAGCCGUCGGAAAACUACUCACACUCGGCGGUUUGGGCAUCUGGUGGAUCAUCGACGUUAUUUUACUUGUGACAAACAACCUGUUACCUGAAGACGGCAGCAAUUGGAACACACACGUUUAGCUAAUGAUUUAUUGAAUAUUUAACAACUUGCCGCUUUUAAAUGAUAUUGUAUAAACUUAAGAUUAGGGCAUCGUUUAAUAAAGACUGAAGUGAAAUCAAUUUAUCAAGAGGAA